GGGGGGUGGGGGUGUAUGUGUUUAGGUUGUAUUCCUGAAACAGAUAAAUUGUCCCAAGUAAAUCGAGGGCAAGCAUUUCAUUUCCAUAGUUAUAAAACGGCAUCCAGACUCCGCAGAUAGUGCUUUACCUUCUGGGACUGUAGUUAUAAAGCAGUGACACAGAUACUCUGUUUGCAAAGUAACAUAAUACAAUAUAAACAGGGCAUCACGAGACAGUUUUUUCCUUAAUAACUUGAUCUCUCUUAAUGAAUAUGGCCCCAGGGCUACUAUAAUUUUAGUAAUAAUGAUGGGCAAAGGGGAUUGUGGUGAUAUUGAAGUUUGUUGUGGUUUUGAGCAGGGGUGGGGGUGGUUUGGUGGAUGCAGAUGAUGGUGUGCGUGAGAUUAUGUAACACAUUAAUUCAAAUGUGCGCCGUCAUAAAUAUACAUUUGUGAAGUUGACCUUUUCUUCUACAGAAGUUGUUGCGGUUUUGUCGCAAAAGACGAACGUUUUGUUAUCUUACAUGAUCAAUUCCAAUUAUAAAAGACUGACUUUUGCCAUCAAUUGUGUCAGUUGUAAAAAUAACUUGGGACGCAUUUCACCUACUCCCCGAUUUGAACAGAGGAGCAAACUUCAAAUAAUUACUCACAAAUUCUAAGCACCCAGGGUUAACGUUGAAGUUCUGAAAAAACUUGCUUGUGGUUAUAUAAGAGCGUGUGUGUGUUGGGUAGGGGGUGGGGGACCCAAAUAACGAGGAAUGGUGGCGGCCCCAGAGUGUGCUUCCCUCCCCUUCCGGAGCUCGUCUUUGAAAGAAGUUAACAAUAGUUCCUUGUCAUUAAACAGGUGCUUGACAACGUACGUGGUUCUUAGGCUAAUUUGUCACUGAAUUAUUGCUUCUAUGUGAAUAGAUUUGUUAUAGCACAAGAGCAGUAGAGAGAUGCGAAAUAAAUGGGCACCUUUUCACUUUCACCUAGUUUCGUUGGGCUAGAAACGGAAAGGCGCCUAGUAAGUGCGGCUUCAGUAGGCGAUGUAUCGACAGUUAGAAAGCUUUUGAGGAAAAAAGUCAAUCCAGACGUCAGGGAUGAAUUUGGCUACACUGCUAUCAGCAAAGCAAGCGCAGGGGGUCAUACAGAGGUGGUCAGGAUGCUUCUUGAUGCAGGAGCAAAUCUUAACCUAACGGUGGCGGCAAUGGUCACCCCCUUACACUCAGCAGCGGCAGGCAACCACCUGGAGGUAGCCAAGCACCUUGUCUUGGGUGGAGCCACCCUGGAGUCAGUUAAUAUGGCUGGAGUAAUACCUAUUCAUCUGUCAAGAUAUGACAGUCCCACUUGGAAGGUGCUUAAAAAUGCUGCAGAUGGUAACAUGCCAGAAAUAGAGGAAGUUAGGGAAGUUCCAGAAAUCCCAGACUAUGCAAUUGCUGCAGGUGCAGGAAAGACAAAGAAAAAGAAAUCAGGUAAAAAAGGCAAGAAGGGGGCAAAGAAAGGAAAGAAGAAAGGAACAAAAAAGGGAAAAAAGAAGAAGAAAUAAUUGCCAACAUGAUCUCAAGUGAUACAAAAUUGCACAUCAUUUUUGGUUUGUUGUAUAAGACACGUAAUUGUUAUUUUACAUCUUCAUAUGUUGAUCCAGUGGCCAAGUAUAGUAAUUGUCUAUUGACACUCUUUAUCCAUAUAAUCCCUUUCUAAGCAAAGUUUCUAAUUCUAUUUGAAUAAAAGUCAAGUAAAAACAGUGCCUGCAUAGCUCAAAACGUCGAUCAUUUAAAUAAUAAAAAUGCUGCAAUAAUAAUACAUUAUUUGUGUGAAACUUAUUGUUAGCUGAAACACUGUAAUUUUUUUACAGGCUGAACAGCAAUAUGUUUUAACAUUUUCAGAUUUAUUCUCUGAAAUUUUAUGAACUAAGUCAUUGAAAUUUAUUAUUUCAUCACUACUGCCAUCUCUCUCUCUAACCACAUAAUUUGUCAACAUCUGGUAUGCCCUCUUCCUUUAGUGAUAUUAAAUGUUCAUCAUUACAAUUAUAGUUUAUAAGUUUGUUUCAAUAAACAUUUCCAACAAAAAGUUUGACUAUCUGU